AUGGAGUUACGAGCCACUACUAUUGUUCUCCAAUCAUCAUGUUCUUAUUCAUCCUUCCAUUCUCUUCCGCCCAAGUUUCUCAAUCUUAAACCUCCUCCUCCAGAUUCACCUUCUCCCUUAUCCAUUACUACCGCCAAUUCAUCCUUCCCUUUCUCUUACAAAUGUCGUGAUUCCAAUGGAGGUGACGCCGUAACGGUGAGUAACGAGGUGCUAAAUGCUUCCUACCAGAAGACAGAUAACUUUGCUGAGAUAGGUCAGUGCUUCAAUCCAGAGUCAGUUGCUCGUUGGCUGCAAUUGUGUUAUGAUGUGGAACAAGUAGGAAAAAUACACACAAUUGUUUUGAAAUGUUUUAGAGGUUCAGGUACUUAUGUUGAUAAUAAUUUGAUUUCUAGUUAUUUAAGAUUGGGUAAGUUAGCUCGGGCACGUAAAGUGUUUGAUGGCAUGCGGAGAAGGGAUAAAGUUACAUGGACUGCUAUUAUUGAUGGGUAUUUAAAGUUUAACUUGGAUGGUGAAGCUUUUAAGUUAUUUUGCGGUUCAAUUAAGCACAGGGUUCGACCGAACAGUAAGAUGUUUGUGUGUUUCAUGAAUUUGUGUUGUAGGAGAGUGGAUUUAGCUUUGGGGAAACAAAUCCAUGCUUGUAUCUUGAAAAGCAACUGGAGGAAUUUAAUCGUUGAUAGUGCGGUUGUUAAUUUUUAUUCGAAAUGUGGUGUUAUAUCAAGUGCGUUUAGAACAUUUGAUCGUAUGGAAAAACGAGAUGUGGUAUGUUGGACAACAAUAAUUACUGCUUGUUCCCAACAAGGGCUUGGACAUGAAGCUUUGUUAAUGUUUUCACGGAUGCUAUGUGAUGGGUUCUUUCCUAAUGAGUAUACUGUAUGUGCUGCACUGAAGGCUUGUGGAGAAAAUAAAGCAUGGAAAUUCGGGAUGCAGCUACACGGUGCCAUAGUAAAGAAAAUCUGCAAGAAUGAUGUUUUUAUAGGAACUUCUCUGAUUGAUAUGUAUGCAAAAUGUGGGGAGAUUGCGAGUUCUAAAAAGGUGUUUGAAGGAAUGAGGGUUAGAAAUACGGCUACUUGGACGUCGAUUAUAUCAGGGUAUGCGCGGAAUGGGUUUUGCGAAGAGGCUUUAAACUUUUUCCGAUUAAUGAAGAGGAAAAAAGUAUAUGUUAAUAAAUUCACACUUGUAUGUGUUAUGAUGGCUUGUGGUACAAUUAAAGCUUCACUAAUUGGAAGAGAGGUUCAUGCACAUAAAAUCAAAAGUAUUGUCCAUACUAACAUGUACAUAGAAAACACUUUGAUAUGGUUCUACUGCAAAUGUAAACAAUACUCUCAUGCUUUAAAUGUGCUCAAACAUAUGCCUUUUAGGGAAGUUGUUUCAUGGACUUCCAUUAUCUCCGGGUGUGCUAGCCUCGGGCUUGAAACCGAGGCUCUGGUGUUUUUGCGGGAAAUGGUGGAGGAAGGUGUGUGUCCUAACUCGUAUACUUACUCAUCAGCUUUGAAAGCUUGUGCAAAAUUAGAAGCUCCAAUGCAAGGAAAAUUGAUUCAUUCCAAUGCAAGCAAGACCCCUGCUAUAUCUAAUGUAUUUGUGAACAGUGCUUUAAUAUAUAUGUAUGCAAAGUGCGGAUAUAUCGCGGAUGCUUUUCAAGUUUUUGACAAGAUGCCAGAGAGGAAUUUGGUUUCUUGGAAAGCCAUGAUCUUGGGUUAUGCAAGGAAUGGGCAUAGUAACAAGGCUCUAAAGCUCAUGUAUAGAAUGCGAGCUGAAGGUUUUGUGGUGGAUGAUUAUAUUUUUUCGACAGUUCUUACAGCGUGUGGAGGCAUCGACUGUGGAGACAUUGAUUGGGAUCUCGAGUCUUCUGCAAGACUGUAG